GCGAUCGAGAACCGGAUUCAGCGUUAGUCGGUGAAUCGCGAAAGCGUGCGUUUGAUUGUGUGUGUGCGUGUGAGCGUUGUUUUGGAACACGGAUACGGAUAUAUAUAUACGGCAGCGGUUCGCGAUUAACAACCCAACAAACCCCACCCGCCCGUGGUGGUUGUGCACCUCCCUAAAUAAAGUGAAUAAUAGUAUAUAAAGUAUCUGAAAGAUAGCCAAGAGCAGAGCAAAGUAUCUGUGUUUGUGUGUGCGGUGCUUUUGUGCGGAGUCGCCACCCCUGUGGAUUAGUGGCACCCUGCUGCAAAUUGCCCACCACUCUCACUGUGUGUGUUUGUGAGUGUGUGUAAGUUAACAACAAUUAACGACAUAUUAAACCAACAAUUUGGUCAUCAGAACGAGCGUUAACGAUAAUUCGCGUGCAUUUCAACCGAAACGAAGGGUGUUUUUCAGUGGAUUUUUGCGUAAAAUCGAUAAACAGAUAGACCCUCUACUGCCAACUGCACACAGCCCGCUCAGCGGAAAACCGGCAUACAGUAUGAAUAUGCCCAACGAACGCCUCAAAUGGCUAAUGCUGUACGCAGCUGUUGCCCUCAUUGCUUGUGGUCAGACCCUUGCUGCCAAUCCCCCAGAUGCCGACCAGAAAGGACCAGUCUUCCUCAAGGAACCCACCAAUCGCAUUGACUUCUCCAACUCCACCGGCGCAGAGAUCGAGUGCAAGUCCAGUGGAAACCCUAUGCCCGAGAUUAUCUGGAUCCGCAGCGAUGGCACCGCCGUGGGCGACGUUCCCGGACUUCGUCAGAUCUCCUCCGACGGCAAGCUGGUCUUCCCGCCGUUCCGCGCCGAGGAUUACCGCCAGGAGGUGCACGCCCAGGUGUACGCCUGUCUAGCCCGUAACCAGUUUGGAUCCAUCAUCUCCCGCGACGUGAAUGUGCGCGCCGUUGUGCCACAAUCCUACACCGUCAAUGUCAUGGACGAGUCCAUACUGAGGGGCAAUAGCGCCAUCCUAAAGUGCCACAUUCCCAGUUUUGUGGCCGAUUUCAUAGUGGUCGAUUCGUGGGUGGAGGACGAGGAGCGAGUUAUCUAUCCCCAGGAGGAUAUCGCGGAAAGCGAUGGAAAAUAUCUGGUACUUCCCUCUGGAGAGUUGCACAUUCGUGAAGUUGGACCCGAGGAUGGUUACAAGAGCUAUCAGUGCCGAACAAAACAUCGACUGACAGGAGAGACCCGACUGAGUGCCACAAAAGGACGAUUGGUCAUCACAGAACCUGUGGGCAGUGUUAGUCCCCAGCUGAGUGGCAAUGGCAAUCAGGAGCACAUAACACUCACUCGGGUUCCCAAAAUGGGUAGUGUUACUCUCAUGUGUCCAGCUCAAGCCUAUCCAGUGCCCUUCUUUAGAUGGUACAAAUUCAUCGAAGGCACAACUCGCAAGCAAGCUGUGGUGUUAAAUGAUCGUGUGAAGCAGGUUUCCGGCACUCUCAUCAUUAAGGACGCGGUUGUCGAGGACUCUGGCAAGUACCUGUGCGUGGUCAAUAAUUCCGUGGGAGGGGAGAGCGUUGAGACCGUGCUCACCGUCACCGCCCCACUCUCCGCCAAGAUCGAUCCCCCCACCCAGACAGUUGACUUCGGACGUCCUGCAGUUUUCACCUGCCAGUACACCGGAAAUCCCAUCAAGACCGUGAGUUGGAUGAAGGACGGCAAGGCCAUCGGACACAGCGAACCUGUGCUGCGCAUCGAAUCCGUGAAGAAGGAGGAUAAGGGCAUGUACCAGUGCUUCGUGAGGAACGACCAGGAAUCGGCGGAGGCCAGUGCUGAGCUGAAGCUCGGAGGCCGCUUUGAUCCACCCGUCAUCCGACAGGCCUUCCAGGAAGAGACCAUGGAACCCGGUCCAAGUGUAUUCCUUAAGUGCGUGGCUGGCGGCAACCCGACCCCCGAAAUCUCCUGGGAACUCGACGGCAAGAAAAUCGCCAACAACGAUCGCUAUCAGGUGGGACAAUAUGUAACGGUCAACGGAGAUGUGGUUUCCUAUCUGAACAUCACCUCGGUGCACGCCAACGAUGGUGGUCUGUACAAGUGCAUAGCCAAGAGCAAAGUUGGAGUUGCUGAACACUCGGCCAAGUUGAAUGUUUAUGGCCUGCCCUACAUCCGUCAAAUGGAGAAGAAGGCGAUCGUGGCUGGCGAGACCCUCAUUGUCACCUGUCCAGUAGCUGGCUACCCCAUCGAUUCGAUUGUCUGGGAGCGAGAUAACCGAGCCCUGCCCAUCAACCGCAAACAGAAGGUCUUCCCCAACGGAACACUGAUCAUCGAGAACGUGGAACGCAACUCAGACCAGGCAACAUACACUUGCGUGGCCAAGAACCAGGAAGGAUACUCCGCCCGUGGAUCUCUGGAAGUGCAAGUCAUGGUUCUGCCCCAAAUUGUGCCCUUCACCUAUGAGGACCUGAUCAACAUGGGCGACUCAGUUGAUUUGUUCUGUCAAAUCCAAAAGGGCGACCGCCCCAUCAAGGUGCACUGGAGUUUCGAGCGGAGCGCCGGGGAUUCUGGUUUCGAUCAGAUGCAGCCACAGAUGCGCACGAAUCGCAUCAGCGCCAAGACAAGCAUGCUAUCCAUUCCGAGUGCCAGUCCGGCGAACACCGGCCGAUAUACCUGCAUAGCCAGCAAUGCGGCUGGAACGACUAGCUAUAGCGUUGAUCUAACAGUGAACGUACCGCCCAGAUGGAUCCUCGAGCCCACCGACAAGGCUUUCGCCCAAGGUUCCGAUGCCAAGGUUGAGUGCAAAGCUGAUGGCUUCCCCAAACCCCAAGUCACAUGGAAGAAAGCAGUUGGCGAUACCCCCGGGGAGUACAAGGAUCUGAAGAAGAGUGACAACAUUCGCGUGGAAGAGGGCACCCUGCAUGUCGACAAUAUCCAAAAGACUAAUGAGGGCUACUACCUAUGCGAGGCUAUUAAUGGUAUUGGUUCAGGACUUUCGGCAGUGAUCAUGAUCAGCGUCCAGGCACCUCCAGAAUUUACCGAAAAGCUGCGUAACCAAACUGCUCGACGAGGUGAACCCGCCGUACUGCAGUGCGAGGCUAAGGGCGAGAAACCCAUUGGCAUCUUAUGGAACAUGAACAACAUGCGACUGGACCCCAAGAACGAUAACCGCUACACCAUUCGCGAGGAGAUCCUUUCCACCGGAGUAAUGUCUAGUUUGUCAAUCAAGCGCACUGAGAGAUCCGAUUCUGCCCUUUUCACCUGUGUGGCUACCAAUGCUUUUGGCUCCGAUGACGCCAGUAUAAAUAUGAUUGUCCAGGAAGUGCCAGAGAUGCCCUAUGCCCUGAAAGUGCUCGACAAGUCCGGACGUUCCGUGCAGCUGAGCUGGGCGCAACCCUACGAUGGCAACUCCCCUCUGGACAGGUACAUCAUUGAGUUCAAGCGUUCCCGUGCCUCCUGGACCGAAAUCGAUCGCGUCAUUGUGCCCGGACACACCACCGAAGCCCAAGUGCAGAAGCUAAGCCCCGCCACCACCUACAACAUUCGCAUUGUGGCCGAGAACGCCAUUGGUACAUCCCAAUCCUCCGAAGCGGUUACCAUCAUCACGGCUGAAGAGGCGCCCUCCGGCAAACCACAGAACAUCAAAGUAGAACCUGUGAACCAGACAACCAUGCGCGUCACCUGGAAGCCACCGCCACGCACUGAGUGGAACGGAGAGAUCCUGGGCUACUACGUCGGCUACAAGCUGUCCAACACCAACUCAUCGUACGUUUUCGAGACCAUCAACUUCAUCACCGAGGAGGGCAAGGAGCACAACCUGGAACUGCAGAACCUGCGCGUCUACACCCAGUACUCAGUGGUGAUUCAGGCCUUCAACAAGAUCGGAGCCGGUCCGCUUAGCGAGGAGGAGAAACAGUUCACUGCCGAGGGAACCCCGAGCCAGCCACCCAGCGAUACUGCCUGCACCACACUGACCUCCCAGACCAUCCGAGUCGGAUGGGUGAGCCCACCUCUGGAAUCUGCCAAUGGAGUGAUCAAGACCUACAAGGUUGUCUAUGCCCCCAGUGACGAGUGGUAUGAUGAGACCAAACGUCACUACAAGAAGACUGCCUCUUCCGACACCGUUCUUCAUGGCCUGAAGAAGUACACCAACUACACGAUGCAGGUCCUGGCCACAACAGCUGGAGGUGAUGGCGUCCGCAGCGUUCCUAUCCACUGCCAAACCGAACCCGAUGUUCCCGAAGCACCCACCGAUGUCAAGGCCUUGGUUAUGGGUAAUGCUGCCAUCCUUGUAUCCUGGAGACCACCAGCACAGCCCAACGGCAUUAUCACCCAGUAUACCGUAUACUCGAAGGCCGAAGGUGCAGAGACCGAGACAAAGACCCAGAAAGUGCCACACUACCAGAUGAGUUUCGAGGCCACGGAGCUGGAGAAGAACAAGCCCUACGAAUUCUGGGUGACGGCCAGCACCACUAUCGGCGAAGGUCAGCAAUCCAAGAGCAUUGUGGCCAUGCCCAGCGACCAGGUGCCCGCCAAGAUUGCCUCCUUCGACGAUACCUUCACUGCCACCUUCAAGGAGGACGCCAAGAUGCCCUGUCUGGCCGUUGGAGCACCACAACCCGAGAUCACCUGGAAGAUCAAGGGCGUCGAGUUCAGUGCCAACGAUCGCAUGCGCCUAUUGCCCGACGGCUCGCUGCUGAUAAAGUCGGUGAAUCGCCAGGAUGCCGGUGACUACUCCUGCCAUGCUGAGAACUCUAUUGCGAAGGACUCGAUCACACACAAAUUGAUCGUGCUGGCACCACCCCAAUCUCCCCACGUCACUCUCUCGGCCACCACCACUGAUGCUCUGACUGUUAAGCUAAAACCCCAUGAAGGAGACACUGCCCCACUGCAUGGAUACACUCUGCACUAUAAGCCAGAAUUCGGAGAGUGGGAAACUUCCGAGGUAUCCGUGGACUCACAGAAGCACAAUAUUGAGAGUCUGUUGUGCGGCUCCCGCUAUCAGGUCUAUGCCACUGGAUUUAAUAACAUUGGUGCUGGCGAGGCUUCGGACAUAUUGAACACCCGCACCAAGGGCCAGAAACCCAAGCUCCCCGAGAAGCCACGUUUCAUUGAAGUCUCCUCCAACUCGGUGUCGCUGCACUUCAAGGCCUGGAAAGAUGGUGGAUGCCCCAUGUCUCACUUCGUGGUUGAGAGCAAGAAACGUGAUCAAAUCGAAUGGAACCAAAUCUCGAACAACGUGAAGCCGGACAACAACUACGUGGUCUUGGACCUGGAACCCGCCACCUGGUACAAUCUCCGUAUCACCGCCCACAACUCGGCUGGCUUCACUGUGGCCGAAUACGACUUUGCCACCUUGACUGUUACCGGAGGCACCAUUGCGCCACUGGACGAUGGCACGGGCCAGGGCAACGUGCACACCCGCAUCCGACUGCCCGCCUGGAUGCCCGAGUGGCUCGACCUGAACUUCAUGGUGCCACUGAUAGCCACCGUGGUGGUGGUGGCCGUGGGCAUCUGCGUGGUGUGCGUGGCCUUAUCCCGGAGACGAGCGGACGACAUGCGCGGUGGCCAGAAGGAUGUCUACUACGAUGUAGUUUACAAUCAGACAAUGGGACCCGGCGCCACCCUGGACAAGCGUCGUCCGGAUCUGCGGGAUGAGCUGGGAUACAUCGCCCCGCCCAAUAGGAAGCUGCCCCCUGUUCCCGGAUCCAACUACAACACCUGCGACCGGAUUAAGCGAGGUACAGUCAUAAGCCGCGGUGGCCUGCGCUCGAACCACUCGACCUGGGAUCCCCGGCGUCCCAACCUGUACGAGGAGCUGAAGGCGCCGCCAGUGCCGAUGCACGGCAACCAUUACGGCCACGCCCACGGCACCGCCGAGUGCCACUACAGGCAUCCAGGCAUGGAAGAUGAAAUCUGCCCCUAUGCCACGUUCCACCUGCUCGGUUUCCGCGAGGAAAUGGAUCCCACCAAGGCCAUGAACUUCCAGACCUUCCCCCAUCAGAAUGGACACGCAGGACCUGUUCCCGGACACGCGGGCACCAUGCUCCCGCCAGGACAUCCCGGACAUGUGCACUCCCGCUCCGGAUCGCAGUCGAUGCCGCGAGCCAAUCGCUACCAGCGCAAGAACAGCCAGGGCGGACAGUCCUCGAUCUACACACCAGCUCCCGAGUACGAUGAUCCCGCCAACUGUGCCGAGGAGGAUCAAUACCGCCGAUACACCCGCGUCAACUCGCAAGGCGGCAGCCUGUACUCCGGACCCGGACCCGAAUACGAUGAUCCCGCCAACUGCGCCCCCGAGGAGGAUCAGUACGGCUCCCAGUACGGAGGUCCCUAUGGACAGCCCUACGAUCACUACGGCUCACGAGGAUCAAUGGGACGUCGCAGCAUCGGAUCUGCUCGCAACCCUGGCAAUGGAUCGCCCGAGCCUCCACCACCACCACCACGUAACCAUGACAUGAGCAACUCCUCAUUCAACGACUCCAAGGAGAGUAACGAGAUCUCAGAGGCAGAGUGCGAUCGUGAUCACGGACCACGCGGAAACUACGGAGAAGACUCCAAUGAGGCAGUGAAGCGAUCCCCACAACCGAAAGAUCAGCGCACCACCGAAGAAAUGCGUAAACUGAUUGAAAGAAACGAAACCGGCCCAAAACAACUCCAACUCCAACAAGCAAAUGGCGCAGGAUUCACAGCCUACGAUACUAUGGCAGUGUAAUUUGUAAGCCCCUCCUCCGGUGAUGGGCGUGGCAUUUUAGCUUAGUGUUUUAAGUGCAUGAAGUGCGUGGGAGUUGAAUGACACUCAGACAGACACUCACACAGGUACAUACACAGACAGAUCAUCACUACACACGGAAAAAGGGGGAGUUAUAUACCGCAUAUACACAUAAAUUAUUCAACUACUUCAAGUAAUUAUAACGGAAAGAACCGAAAUUUCAAGAAACAUAUUGAUAUUGUCUAUGCAAGCAGCAAACCAAACAUACAUAAAUAUAUAUAUAAAUACAUUCAUAUAUGAAUAACUACUAUAAGUGUGUGCAGUAAAUACUAAAGGAAAUUACUAAAAGUUAUACGAGAGAUAACACAAGAACAGCCCGAUGAAAAAAAAAAAGAAAAGAAAUCACAAAAAACAUACUUAUGUAUUCGCGUAUAAAUAUUUGAAAAAUAAUUUUUAACAAUGUAUUUUAGUUCUAAGCGGUCUACCGAAAUAUCAGAGGAACAGCAACUACGAUGAAUCCUUGUGUGUAAAGAGAAGAUUGAUUUCAAAAUCUGUUUGUGUAAACUUUUGCCAUCUAUGCCAGGAGCAGAAAACUCAUCCUUUGCCUAGCCUAAGUCAAAGUCAUAAUAUUAACUCGUCUAAUUGAUAUACUUAGUCAUAACAUAUACGAAUUGUAUGAUUUCUUUCUAUGCAUUUUGUAACUUGUAUGGACAGCGCACAUUUUGAGUUUAGUUUGCGUUUUGCGUUGACUUGUGAUGAUUGUUAAUUUUUAGAACUUUGUGAGUCAGUAAUUUUAUUCUGUAUUCGCCUUAUUCAUUAUUUAUAGACAUGUAAUUGUCUAAUUAUAUUUUAAAUUUUAUUUCUAAUUUGAAAAGCGCUUCCAACAGAACAAAUCGAAAACUGUUCAAUGCACAAAUCGCAGCCACAACAUUUGAAUGUAUUAUACAAAAUCCACAGGACACUCAAAACCCACAAAGAUACACACUUGCACGAUUUAUUAAGACCAAUUCUGAUAUAUCCCGUUUUGAACAUGAGUUAUACGCAUUUGAAGCUUUAAGAGAACCUGAAAUUGUUUAUUUCACUUCAUUUGGUCUAUUUUAAGUUAUUAGUUCGUAAGUUGCUAAAUAUAUGAUUUUGAUUUUAUUUAAAA